AUGGACCUCAACUGCUCCUGCGCCACUGCAGCUGAGUCCUGCACUUAUGCCAGCUCCUGCAAAUGCAAAGAGUGCAAAUGCACCUCUUGCAAGAAGAACUGCUGCUCCUGCUACCCUGUGGGCUGUGCCAAGUGCGCCCAAGGUUGCAUCUGCAAAGGGGCAUCGGACAAGUGUAGCUGCUGUGCCUGAUGCCAGGACAGCCCUGCUCACAGAUGUA